AUGGACCAUUUUACUAGUAAUAAAAGACGGAGAGUUAUUAGUAAUGUAGAUAAAGAACAAUCAAUACCAUGGGUUGAAAAAUAUAGACCUAAAACUUUGGAUGAAGUUACAGCCCAGGAUCAUGCAGUUACUGUCUUGAAAAAAACCUUAGAAUCUGCUAAUUUAUCCCAUAUGUUAUUUUAUGGUCCGCCUGGUACAGGUAAGACUUCGACAAUUUUAGCUUUAACAAAAGAAUUGUUCGGUCCAGAAUUGAUGAAGACUAGAGUAUUGGAAUUGAAUGCUUCUGAUGAACGUGGUAUAUCAAUUGUUAGGGAGAAAAUCAAAAAUUUUGCACGUUUAACUGUAUCUAAACCAUCUAGGAAAAAUUUAGAGGAUUAUCCAUGUCCACCAUACAAGAUUAUCAUUUUAGAUGAAGCUGAUUCAAUGACAGCAGAUGCUCAAAGUGCUCUACGUAGGACUAUGGAAACUUAUUCUAAUGUGACCAGAUUUUGUUUGAUCUGUAACUAUGUCACAAGAAUAAUAGAUCCAUUAGCAUCUAGGUGUGCAAAAUUUAGGUUUAAAUCAUUGGAGACUUCAAAUGCAUUAGAAAGAUUACAGUAUAUAGCUACACAAGAAUGUGUCAAAUAUGAGGACGGUGUUCUAGAAAAAAUUUUAACCAUAUCAGCUGGUGAUUUAAGAAAGGCUAUAACUUUAUUACAGUCAGGAUUUAAGUUAGUAGAUUAUAUGGGGAAUAAUCAAAUUACCAUUAAACAAAUUGAGGAACUAGCUGGAGUGGUUCCUUCAACAGUAGUGGAAGAAAUAGUUAAACAAAUUAAUAGCAAAGAUUUAAAUCAACUGAUUUCCUUUACCAACGAUUUCAUAAAAAGUGGAUGGUCUGGUGUCUCUAUUGUUGAUCAAUUACACGAUUAUUAUAUAACAAAUGAAAAUUACGAUACUAACUUCAAAAACAAAUUGUCACUUCUGUUAUUUGAUACUGAUUCCAAAUUAACCAAUGGUACGAAUGAGCAUAUACAGUUGUUGAAUCUUUUGGUCAAGAUAUCACAGUUGAGUUAG